GGCCGAACUAAAAAUUAAUGAGACCGUAUGCUAAUACCUUUCGGCCGAUCCAGAAAGUAAGAAGUUCACCACCCAUCGAGAUUUACAAUACUUUGCGUUGUACACCACAUAUCGUCAGUGUUGACAAAAUUAUCUUGCGAUGCCGACCUGGGCACAAAAUUUCAACCCAGAAGGUCAAACGACUUUCUCUCCGACAUAUUCUCACGUCUCUCGCGUCCCGAUUUCGUCGACCACCACCUUUGUUUCCAUCGCUGGCCAGCUUGGCGUCGAUGCGACAACCGGCUCUAUACCACCAACACUCUCAGAACAAUGUCAAUUAGCUUUCACAAACGUGGACAGAUGUCUUCAGGCUGCUGGGGCAUGUAAAGGUGAUAUUGUGCAGGUCAGGCAGUAUGUGGUAAAUCUACUUCGAGAUGGUCAGGGUCAAGAUCCUGACAGGGCGAAAUUGUAUGUGGAGUGGAUGGGAGAGUUGAGGCCACCGAGUACUGUCCUAGGUGUACAGGCACUGGUACACCGAGACUUGCUCUACGAGAUCGAAAUAGUUUGCUUGGUACGAGAACAAAGACCCGUAACAACAUGAUAUAUCAAUGAGAACCCAUGCU